AUUCAAUGUGACAGAAAUUUAAAAAAUUUUGCAUAAUUUUUUUUGAACUAAACAAGGCCCAAGCAUCAGAGCUCGAGCUUGACAUGGCCGUCCAGCUCCUGCCAUACUUGCUGCUGCUUCCCCUGCUACUGCUAGCCAUACCACUCGCCUUCUUCGCGCUGUCCCGUGGAAAGGAUACCCGGCAGCAGCUGAGGCUCCUCCCGCCCGGGAUUCAUCGGGUUGACUUCCCCCGGUUGGAUUGCCGUCCGGUCCGACUCCGACUCCGAUCCCGCCCCAUCCCCAUCCAUACGACUGCCGCCAGCGCCUAUAUUACGGUCGGUCGCUCGCCCCGUCCGUGCGUCCGUCCGCUUUCACUUCUCCUCUCCCAAGUCCCAACACAACAAUGGAAGAGCCACCACAAGGUGAAGGUUGGGGAUUUGGGGACUUUCCGGCGGCGGAGAGCAUCUUCACCUAUGGCUCCUAUUUCUAUGGCGGCCGGACAUACACCACCAGGCAGCAGGAGGUGUGGAUGCACAUACUCCCCAAUCUUCCUACAGCUGCCCCGCAUCCAGAUCCAGAAGUAGUGCAAGUGGGAUUCCAAGGACCUGUCAGUGUCACCACCGAGCAAGGCAAGCGUGGUCGCGCCGUCAUCGAGGACGCCAUCCUGCGCCUGCUGCCUGAGGUGAAGGUGACACCCACCACACCCACCGACUGCUGCGCCAUCUGCCUCGAGGACUUCGCUGCUGCUCCCGCUCCCCUCACCCUCAGGGCCAUGCCCAGCUGCUCCCACGCCUUUCACCAGCACUGCAUCUUGCAAUGGCUUCGCCUUAAGGCCGCCUGUCCUGUCUGUCGACACCAGCUGUCCCUUUCCCUUUCCACAGAAGAGGAGGAAGAAGAAGAAGGACAGAGGAGGCCCAGGAGGAGGAGGAGGAGGAGUUACGACGACUGGCUUUCAUUCCCCUGGUCACGGGUGCAAUCACCAUUCACCAGAGAGGAAAGCUAGUGGUAGAUGCUGUCGUCAGACCUGAUGCUCCUGUUUAUCUUCUCCAUCUUACUAUUAUUCAGUCUAUUGUAAUGUAAUGUAAUGAAACGAUGCAUACAGUAUUUCAAUCUCA